CCUGUUCUUUUCAAGAUGGCGGCCAACUUGUAGUGGCAUGUGCCUGGAGUAAACUCGUGUCUGAAAGAGCUUUUAACAUCAGUUCUCGUUCUCGUUCGCAUUCGCAAUGGAUUCCGAGACAGCGGCAGAGACGAAACAGAACGCGACGGCUGACGUGGACUGUCAGAGUGCGGACACAGAGUUUAAAAAGGUGAAAUCAAAAAACAACAACAAGCGCAAGCGCAGAGUUGUAGAAGACGGGGAGAUGAUGGAGACGGAGGACAGAGGCGCUCCGAAGAGACCGAAUUUCCCCCCCAUCUCAGGGGACAAACUGCAGGGUGGCUCGGACGAAAUUCGGAAAAUCGCUGUGCCUUCCCAUCGGUACACACCUCUGAAAGAAAACUGGUUGAAAAUCUUCACACCCAUUGUUGAGCACCUUCACCUGCAGGUUCGAUUCAACCUGAAAACGAGAAACGUGGAGAUCAGGACCUGUAAAGAAACACAAGACAUCAGCUCCCUCACAAAGGCUGCAGAUUUUGUGAAGGCAUUUGUAUUGGGGUUUCAAGUUGAGGAUGCUCUUGCUCUCAUCAGAUUAGAUGAACUGUUUCUUGAAACCUUUGAUGUUACAGAUGUCAAGCCACUUAAAGGAGACCACCUGUCCAGAGCCAUUGGAAGGAUAGCAGGCAAAGGAGGAAAAACCAAAUUUACCAUUGAGAAUGUGACUAGGACUCGAAUUGUACUUGCAGAUACGAAAGUGCACAUAUUGGGAUCUUUCCAGAACAUAAAAAUGGCACGAACAGCUAUAUGCAAUCUCAUUUUAGGAAGCCCACCAUCGAAGGUCUAUGGGAACAUUCGGGCUGUGGCAUCGCGAGCUGCCGAAAGAUUCUGAAAUAUGGAAAAGUCAGGAAGAAGCUAACAGCAGCAGGAUUGUUAUGGACUUGUUUUUCCUGGAUGAUUCAUGUGGUAAAAAAAGUCACUAUUAAAAAUGUUAAAAUUGUA